AUGAACGGAAGAGUGGAUUAUUUUGUCACUGAGGAGGAAAUCAAUCUUACCAGAGGACCCUCGGGGCUGGGCUUCAACAUCGUCGGUGGCACAGAUCAGCAGUAUGUCUCCAACGACAGUGGCAUCUACGUCAGCCGCAUCAAAGAGAACGGGGCUGCGGCCCUGGAUGGGCGGCUCCAGGAGGGUGAUAAGAUCCUCUCGGUAAAUGGCCAAGACCUAAGGAACUUGCUGCACCGGGAUGCUGUAGACCUUUUUCGUAAUGCGGGCUAUGCUGUGUCCCUGAGAGUGCAGCACCGAUUACAGGUGCAGAAUGGGCCUAUAGGACAUCGAAGCGAAGGGGAGCCGAGUGGCAUCCCCGUAGCUCUGGUGCUGGUGCCAGUGUUUGCCCUCACCAUGAUUGAUCCUGAAUUAGAAAAAAAACUGAAAAUGAGUAAAGUAUCAUUGGAAUCAGAGUAUGAGAAAAUAAAGGACUCCGCUUUUGAUGACUGGAAGAAUAUUCGAGGACCCAGACCUUGGGAAGAUCCUGACCUCCUCCAAGGACGAAAUCCAGAAAUUCUUAAGACUAAGACAACUUGA